AUGAGUGCAUAAAAAAAUUGUUAGUAUUACAUUAGAUUUUAGGUUAUUCCUCAGCCUGUAAAAAAAGGAUAAAAGCUUGAAUUAUAUUUUGGAUAGUUUAACAAGAUACCAGACCAUAUAGUGCAUGAAUAAGAUAACAGUAAAAUAAUUGUAGAAGGGUAGAAAAGAGUUUAUAUAAACAAAAAAAAUGAAUAAAUUGUUCUAGAUGAAGGGUUUUAACCAUUAGAAAUUCUUUAAAGUAUUUAGAAUGUUAGAAAAAUAAAAAUGGAAUUCGAUAAAUACUGUGAUACUUAAUCAGCAGAAUUUCUUAAUUUGAUUCAAAAAAUAAUAAAUUAAAUAAUGCUUACUUAAGAUUUUAUGAUUCAUUUUAUUUGGAUUGAACAUAAUGAUGACAGAUUAAAAUUUAAAGUAAAUAUCGACUACCAAAAUAUAGCAAAAAGUAUCGCUGAAGUUAGUAAUUAGGUUUAGCAUUUAAGCUUGGAAUUUUUAGAAUCAGUAUUUAGAAAAGAAGAUAAAGAAACAGAGUACUUAUUUGCAUAAACAAUAUCUUCUUUAACAAAUUUACAAAGAUUUUGUUUAUAUUGCGAAGGAGAAGUUAGUUUCAAAAUUCUAUUGAAUAUUUUAUCAUUACUGGCUUGGAAUGAAAAUAAUACAUAAAAUAAUGGAAAUGCUGAAAAUUAAAUUUAAGAAAAAUAAAAAUGCAUAAUUUAGUUUAAGUUAAAGUAAUUCUCAUUCAAUUUAAAAUGUUUAGACUUUAUACCUCUUGAUACAGAUUUAAAUUAGUUCUUACCAUAACUAUUUAAUUCUAAUCCAGCAAUUAAAUUUAGAAUAAAAUUUCCUAGAUAUGUAGAAUAGCAUACAAAAGAAAAUGCUUCUAAGAUAAGCAAUCUUGUUCAAUAUUUUUCAGAUAUAUUUAAAAACUAUACAAAUAUUAUAGAAUUUGCUUUUAGCACUGGUGGAAACUCUAACUAUUCAGAUUAAAAUAGCUUAGAUGCUUAAUUGUCAGCAAUAAUUAAUAAAAGUACAGUUUAAUCAAGCUAAAUUAUAAAUACAUAAAGCUCUAACACUGCUAGAGAAAUGAAUUAAGACAUACCAAAAAUAAAUGUAGUAUGGUUUAAAGAUGUUCUAAAUUGA